AGCUUUAGUUGCGCAGUUUGCGCAGCUGAACCCUUGUGAGGGCUUUCCCUUGUGCAUUACUUUGGAGUCGCUCCAACACAGACAUACCUCUGUUAGUCACCGUGAGCUGUCCAAGGCUAUUAGUAAUACAAUGAGAAAUACCUUGGAUAAUCCUAGUAGUAUUUAAGCGGCCGUCCAGCAUAUUAAUACAAACACAUAAAACGAUGGUGAUCAUGUCAGGGACAGCCACUGUGCUGCAGCAGUUUGUCAGCGGGCUGAAGAGCAGAAAUGAAGACACUAGAGCAAAAUCUGCCAAAGAUCUGCAGCACUAUGUCACCACGGAGCUCAGAGAGCUGAGCCAAGAUGAAGCCACAACAUUCUACGAUGAGUUAAACCACCACAUAUUUGAGCUGGUAUCCAGCUCUGACGUGAAUGAGAAGAAAGGCGGCAUCCUUGCUAUAGUGAGUCUGAUCGGAGUGGAGGGAGGCAAUGCCACCAGGAUCAGUCGAUUUGCCAACUACCUCCGUAACCUGCUCCCUUCCAGUGAUCCAGUGGUUAUGGAGAUGGCCUCUAAAGCCAUGGGCCACCUGUCGAUGGCCGGAGACACGUUUACUGCCGAGUAUGUGGAGUUUGAGGUGAAGCGGGCUCUGGAGUGGCUGGGAGCCGACAGGAAUGAAGGGAGACGCCAUGCAGCGGUGUUGGUGUUGAGGGAGCUGGCUGUGAGCGCGCCAACCUUCUUCUUUCAGCAAGUGCAGCCUUUCUUCGACAACAUCUUCUACGCGGUGUGGGAUCCGAAGCAGGCCAUUCGAGAGGGAGCGGUGUCUGCUCUGCGGGCCUGUCUCAUCCUCACCACGCAGAGAGAGACCAAGGAAAUGCAGAAGCCUCAGUGGUACAAACAAACCUUUGAAGAGGCAGAAAGAGGCUUUGAUGAGACUCUGGCCAAGGAGAAGGGGAUGAAUCGUGACGAUAGAGUUCAUGGUGCGCUGCUGAUCCUUAACGAGUUGGUCCGGAUCAGCAGCAUGGAGGGAGAGCGAAUGCGCGAAGAGAUGGAGGAGAUCACCCAGCAGCAGCUGGUUCACGAUAAAUACUGCAAGGAGCUGAUGGGAUUUGGAACAAAGCCUCGCCACAUCACGCCCUUCACCAGCUUCCAGUCAGUGCAGCCACAGCAGUCCAACGCCCUGCUGGGGUUGCUAGGCUACAGCACGCCGCAAAGUUUCCUGGGCUUCGGCGCCACGCCGGUACCUGCCAAGAGCUCCCUGGUGGAGAGCCGGUACUGCCGAGAGCUGAUGGAGGAAAGAUUCGACCAGGUGUGUCGUUGGGUUCUGAAGUAUAAAACCAGUAAGAACCCUCUGAUUCAGAUGACCAUCCUUAACCUGCUGCCACGUCUGGCUGCCUUCCAGCCACAUACUUUCACAGACCAGUACCUGUCUGACACCAUGGGCUACCUGCUGGGCUGCCUGAAGAAGGAGAAGGAGAGGACGGCGGCUUUCCAGGCUCUGGGGCUGCUGGUGGUGGCUGUCAGGACGGAAAUCCAGCCGUACCUCAUGAAGAUUCUGGAGAUCAUCAAGGCUGCUCUGCCUCCCAAGGACUUUGCUCACAAAAGGCAGAAGACCAUUCAGGUGGAUGCCACUGUGUUCACCUGCAUUAGCAUGCUGUCCAGAGCCAUGGGCCCCAGCAUCCAGCCAGACAUCAAGGAGCUCCUAGAGCCCAUGUUAGCCGUGGGGCUCAGCCCGGCACUCACAGCAGUGCUGUACGACCUGAGCCGUCAAAUCCCCCAGCUGAAAAAAGACAUCCAGGACGGCUUGCUGAAGAUGCUUUCCCUGGUGCUGAUGCACAAGCCCCUGCGACACCCGGGCAUGCCCAAAGGCCUGGCUCACCAGCUGGCCUCUCCCAGCCUCACCAACAUCCCUGAAGCCAGCGACGUCGGCAGCAUCACUUUAGCCCUGCGCACUCUGGGAAGCUUUGAAUUCGAAGGUCACUCCCUGACUCAGUUUGUGCGCCACUGUGCCGAUCACUUCUUGAACAGCGAACAUAAGGAAAUCCGAAUGGAGGCGGCCCGAACCUGCUCUCGACUUCUUACGCCGUCCAUCCAUCUCAUCAGCGGCCACGUCGUCAGCCAGACUGCUGUGCAGGUGGUCGCAGAUGUGCUCAGCAAGCUGCUGGUGGUUGGCAUCACUGAUCCAGAUCCAGACAUUCGAUACUGUGUUCUUGCGUCUCUUGAUGAGCGUUUUGAUGCGCACCUGGCCCAGGCUGAGAAUCUGCAGGCUCUGUUUGUGGCUCUGAACGACGAAGUGUUUGAAAUCAGAGAGCUGGCCAUCUGCACUAUAGGACGGCUGAGCAGCAUGAACCCUGCCUUCGUCAUGCCCUUCCUCCGGAAGAUGUUGAUCCAGAUUUUAACCGAACUGGAACACAGUGGUGUUGGCAGGAACAAAGAGCAGAGCGCUCGUAUGCUUGGCCACCUGGUCUCCAACGCACCCCGCCUCAUACGACCCUAUAUGGAACCCAUUCUCAAGGCUCUAAUUCUGAAGCUUAAAGAUCCAGAUCCCAACCCUGGAGUGGUGAUCAGUGUCCUCGCUACAAUUGGCGAGCUGGCCCAGGUGAGCGGACUGGAGAUGAGGAAGUGGAUGGAUGAGCUGUUCCCAAUCAUCAUGGACAUGCUGCAGGACUCGUCCUCAUUGGCUAAACGCCAAGUGGCGCUGUGGACUCUGGGUCAGCAGGUAGCGAGUACAGGCUACGUGGUGGAACCGUACCGCAAAUACCCUUCCCUUCUAGAAGUGCUGCUCAACUUCCUAAAAACGGAGCAAAACCAGGGGAUCAGGAGAGAGGUAUGCACAGUUGCCUGCAGGGGGCAGUUUGCUCCGUUUGCCUUUCCUUGGUAGUCUUACAGGGUCAGC